CUGCCACAUGUUUACUCAAGGGCUGAGUAAUUGAAAUUGUCUAGAGCACCUCGUGUUGCCCCUGACGACACAAUCAGGAGAAAGGGUUCCGGCUGCGGGAGGCAGGGGAGGGCUCUGCGGCCCCGCUCCCACAUCCUCCCAGGGCCCCUCCACAGGUAGAUGCUUGCCCCUCCCCUGGAUACCUGAUGUGACAACCAGCUCCUUUCUCAGUCCCCUCAAACCAUGGCUGACACCAUCUUUGGCAGUGGGAAGGACCAGUGGGUAUGCCCCAAUGAUCGACAGCUUGCCCUCCGAGCCAAACUGCAGAGUGGAUGGUCAGUGCAUACGUACCAGACAGACAAACAGAGGAAGAGUCAGAGUCUCAGUGCUGCUGAAGUGGAGGCCAUCUUGGAGGUGAUCCAGAGGGCUGAGAAGCUGGACAUUCUGGAGCAGCAGAGAAUUGGGAAGCUGGUCGAGCGGCUGGAGAACAUGAGGAAGAACGUGAUGGGGAAUGGUCUCUCCCAGUGCUUCCUGUGUGGGGAGCCCCUGGGCCUCCUGGGCAGCUCCUCGGUCUUCUGCCAGGACUGUAAGAAGAAAGUCUGCACCAAAUGUGGGAUUGAGACAUCCAGCAGUCAGAAGCGGACUCUGUGGUUGUGUAAGAUUUGCAGUGAGCAGAGAGAGGUCUGGAAGAGGUCCGGGGCAUGGUUUUACAAAGCACUGCCAAAAUACAUUCUGCCACUGAAGGUACCGGGCCAAGCCAGCGAACCCCACUUCAGACUCCCCCCCAUAGAGCCUCCCAUGAGUGACCCAAGGAGCACCGGCACCAGUCGAUCCUACACCUGGGCCCGAGGAAAAGUGGUUUCUAGUGACAGCGACAGUGACUCCACCUUGAGUUCUUCCAGCCUGGAAGAUGCUGGAGCCAAGAGCUCAAAAGGUAGCAAAUGCCGAACAGAAUCAGGUGGCAGCAGUGACCCUUCCAGAGCAGCCCAAGGCCAGGCUCUGCCUCCUAGCCAGCCCUCCGAGAGUGGGACCAGCCUUGGCAGUGAGGCUGGGGGAGUCCAAAGUGGCCCAGAGAGUGGCCCGGGAGAUGGCUCCGACAGCGACAGUCACAAGGCUCCCAGCAAGAGGCAUACCUGGAUGAGUCCUCGGUGCUGAUGCAGGCAAAGGAAGCCAUCUUGGCUUUGUCAGGGACCCCCACAGACCGGACUUUUCUGUUGCAUGCACAAGCAUACACACACACACACACACACACACACACACACACACACACACACUCUGUUCUCAGCCCUUUGGGACCUGUGAACUUUCUGUUUACCAAGCUGCCUUGAGGAUUUGUUCCACGCUGGAACAGGAUCAGCCUUUUCUACAGCCCUCACAGACCCUGGCCAUCCUCUGUAUGACAGUAAUGGGACAGUCCUAUACCUACUUCGAAUAGCUACCACCCACUCCCAAAGAAACUGAGCUGAUUCUGAGGAUGGACAGCUUGAAGAGGAAAGUGGGACCAGCUCCCCUCGGCUCUUUUCCUCUUUCCCUGCUGGCCAGUAGGAACCGGACUACCCUUUGGCUGUCCUGAUGUUGGUGAGGAGUCUUCUGGGGUAGGCCUAGGGGGUUAAUAGGAAUGGGGGAAGCUAGACUGUAGCUAGACUGCUGCCUUCACUAUCCUGUCUCCAUCCCACCUGGGAAGGGAGCUCUGCCUGAAGAUUCAGUCUGUCUCUUCAUAUACUUGUUAUUCAGUUCCCCUCCAUCCCUGAACGAGGCCUCGAAAUCUCUGCCCAGAAUGAAGGGGCUCUCAAGCCAACUCAUUGAGGGGAAAGUUCCACCCACUGAUUUUGGAGGUGGACCAAGGGCAACACCUGCCUCUUUAGGGUAAGGAAAAUGCAUCUCAGUGCUAGUGAUGAAGUCGAUGAACUUGGUCCCAAGAAUGAAGAGGGGGUCCAGGUGAGACCGGAGAGACCGGAGAGUCACCAGCUUUUCCCUUUAGUAAGGGAAAAGGGCUAGAGGCUCCUCCCCACCCCCACUCUCUGGGCUGCCAGAGAGAGCUCUCUUUGAAACUCCCUCCCCUCCCUUGGUCAGGUUGAUUAAAAUUCCUCAGCUCCCCUUUCCUGCAUCGAGUUUCCUGAUUAGUCUCACUCUAGCCAGAGUCAAAGACAACCACUGGGUGUCUGGCAGUGCUCAGGAAUGAAUAGCAGAGAUUUCUCCUCCUCAACAGCCAGCCUUGGGCUUAUUCUCUUGCCAAGACACGUGGGUCCCAGAAGCCAUCAGUUCAUUUUCUUCAGAAGAUUCAGCUUGGCAUGGAAAACUCCAGAUUCACAGGGGCUGGCAAACUCUUUUGGAAAAAUCCACCCCAAUGAGAUGCCUUUGGGUGGGUGGUUUGGAUUUUUUUCCCUUUGUUUGAAUUAAUGUCAGCACAUUGUCUGUUUCCUCUUGUCCUCCUCUGAGUACUGGGUUCAAGGACUGCCACCCCACCUAUAGGCUGGCUUUGAAGGUCCUGAGCUUUCCUCCUCUUGUUGGAACAAUGGAUCUGGGGACAACCUGCAGUUUCACUGUGAUGAGGUAUCUUUCAGGAAGAAAACAAUAAAAAACUAGAAUUUGCA